CAGUCCUGUUGAGAUGCUUUACUGAACUUUGAAGGUUUUCGUUGCUGUGGAGCUAGGGGCCAUGGACUGGGAGCAGACCAAGGAAAAUUGCGUGCCUGUUCGCCAGGGCCGAAGCAAGGCAGCUCUACAAGAGAUAGCGGACAACACCAUAGACAUCCUCGAGGCCAAGCGAAGAGAGCUAUGGGCCGAGGUUACAAACUACAAAGGGGAGGAUCCAUUGGAGGCUUGGCAGAGAUACAUCAAGUGGAUGCAGGAGUAUGGCGUGGGCGGUGGUAAGGCGGACCUGCAGAAGGUCCUCGAGGCGUGCACCAAGGACCUGCAAAAGCACCCCCGUUACACAAACGACAUCCGUUUCCUACGCAUAUGGAUACAAUACGCCGACUGCUUGCCGGACCCGGGAGAUGUAUUCCUUUUCCUCAAGGAAAAGAACAUUGGCCGCGACUUUGCGCUCUACUACGAGGCCUAUGGCACGUACUACGAGCUGAAGGGGAACUUCCAGAGCGCUGACGCCGUUUACAUGGACGGCGUGCAACGGGGUGCCAAGCCGCUGGAGCGCUUGAAACAGAAGCACAUGGCCUUCCAGCAGCGCAUGGCUCAGCGCAUCCAGCGCAAGAUACAGGACGAGCAGGUGAUGGGGCCGCCGCCGCCUGAGGCCGUGCGCUCCUCGCUAGCCACCCUUGGAGCCCGCUCCGGUGGCAGGUCGCAGCAGCAACAGCAGCAGCAAAGCGCCAUGGGGAGCAUCUUUGGCGCCGCAGCGCCGCAGCAACAGAGCGGCCUGCUGGGCGGACCGCGCCCGGGCAACCAGGGGCUAAGGCCGCGGCCCGCAGUGGGGAUCGUGGAGGAUGAGGAGUUUGUGGACCCGGAGAACGCACCAGCGGGGCUACCUGGGUACAGCACCAUGCCGCAGGUAAAUAACCUGCGUGAGCUGAAGCCGUACGGCGUUAUCAGGAAGGAGAACCUGGAUCGACCCACCGCAUGGAAUCAGGCAGCGCUGGUGCCCGGUGCAGCCGGGCCUGCAGCAGGAGGGAUGGGCGCUGGUGCCGGGAGGUCAUCCAGCAUCGCCAUUUUCACGGACGAGGAGUUCCAGGAAGAAGAGGACAGCGGUCCUGCACCAAUUGCCCGCAGAAGCGAGCCUGGAUUGCCAAUCCCGGGAUUGGGCGGGGCCGCAGCGAGCGCAGGGCCGCCUGCUGGCCAUCCACUAUGGCCGCCAAUUGCAACGGGUCUGGGCACGGCGCCCGCAACAACCGGUGUGGAUUCGCUUAUUUCUGGGCUGGCGCCUUUGCCAUCGCUGCUAAGGGGUGCACAGCCUGCGGACUUCCAGCCUGCCGUGCCAUUUGCAGCAGCCCCAAGCAGCUCAUUGCAUGGGCCUCUGCCAGGCGCGCCAUCAGCUGCGGCAGCGGCGGCACCACGAGAAGCGGUUGCGGCCGCCCCUUCCAGGGGCGGUCAUAGCUUGCCGUCUGUGCAGGCGCACGCGGAUGCAGGUUCGGUGGCAACGCAGGCUGUUGGCUCGUCAGCUCGGCAUGCGGAUGCAGCGGAUGGGGAGGGACCCAUGGGUCGGCAAGACGACGGCGUCGAAGAGAUGUCGUACGACGAGCUCAGGGCGGCAGCAUGGUUUAGGCGGAAUCCCGCAGCAGCACCCCGGGCGACCGCCUCGUCCGCCCGUGACAACCCUGUGUCUGUCGCGCAAGUAGCCCCCAGCAGCAUGAGUCUCCAAUCCGUCGCCGUAAGUGCUUCUGCACACAUGGCAGACACCGCAGCAACCGGAUGCCGGGGGUUCACAGGAGUGCCUUAUGCGGAAUCCCAAGCUGGCGCUGUCACGGCAGUAGCGGGAACUACUGCUCGCCGGGCCCCGUUCGGACAGCACCCGCCCUCCGACGCACCCGCAUCGCAAGGAUUGUUAAGGCUUCCUGAGCAGGCGCCGCAGGGCGACAACAGCAUCCCGACGCCAAGGCUCGACGACGGCACAGCCACCGGAGGAACCAAGCGCCGGGCCCUAGCUCCGCGCUCCGAUACCGCCAGCGCAGGCCAAUCUGCUGCACUGCCGCAACCGGAGCAGCUGUUGCAGCCGUCCGUGGCGGCAGCACCGUUGGUCCCCGGGGGCACAGCACCUCAGGUGCCCUGCAACCACAGCUGCAAGCACGACGACGCGCAGCCCACUGUCACCAUCUCCACCCGUGGCGCUUUUGACCUGCUCAACUCCAUGUUUAGCGAGGAUCUGCCGCACCAGCAGCAUAAGGCCCAGCAGCAGCAAGAGCAGCACCAGCAGCCAACAAGCCGGAGCAGGUUAAUGCCGCCUCCCCCGCCCAGGCCGCCGCCGCUGCAGCCGCGGGCGGCAGCUCCAGUGGAGCAGCCAUGGCCCGCUGCGCACAUGCAGCAACCAGCGGUGGCAGCUGCAGCGGUUCCAGUGGCAGCUGCCCCGCCACCGGUUGCGGACGAUCCGACCGUGACGCUUCACACGCGAGAGGCGUUCGAUGCCCUAAAUGAUAUGUUUAGCGACACUCUGCCACAUGAAGCGGCCCGCAAGCUCAUGCGUCGUGCGGCCGAUGAGAACAACAACACAACCUCCUUCAAGCCCAUCUCCAACGCGGACGUCCGCCGCUUAGCUAACGCAGGCCGCACCUCCACAGCAGCAGCAGCUCCUCCCCCCGCAGCGCCCUUCCACAGCGCCGCUAGCUGUGCCCCGUACGGCGGUGUCAGCAACCUGCCCGCCCCAGCUGCUGCGCCCUCCCUAGCCAUUCACGAGGACACGUUCUUCUUGGGACCUGCAACGGCAGCAGCGUCCAUGGCUGCAGGAGGAGGUGGCUUAGGUAACACCGGCGGCUGUGGCUUCCGCGGCGGGCCGCCGCAGGCCGCCCCCAUGGGGCCUGGUAUUUACGAGGAUACCGAGUUCAUUCCACGUGGUGGUGGACCGGCACGGGGAGGGCUCGGAGGCGGUGGGCCUGGUGCAGGCGGGAUUGGCAGCAGCGCAGUGGCAGGGCCCGUGGCAGCGUCCAGUGGGCCUUUCAUCUGCGAGGAUACGGAGUUCCUAACGCGACCGCAGGGACUGCACAUGGCCUCGGCUGCUGCUGCCGGUGCGGGAGACGGCGGCAGGGGCUUUGCGGCACCACCUGGCAGGGGCCUCGCUGCUGGCGGCGCGGCGCCGUUUGGUACACCGAGGGCAGGGGGUUUGCCAAUGGGAAGCCGGGCAGUCGCGGCUGCGGCGUCGCGGGGUUUAGGGGCGCGUCCUGCUGCGGCUGCUGCUGCGGAGCCCAUGCGGCAGUCGCAUGGUGGCAGUCGAGGGCAGCUGCAAGUGUACGAGGACACGCAGUACAUGGGCAGCUGAGAGCGGCGGCGGCCUUUGGGCUUUGGGAUGAGGCACGGAUCUGGGUUUGUCACGGCACGUGAGAGUGAAGCUGUGGAUUAAGGGUUCCGUGCCUCCAUUGGUGGUAGAGCGAAGAGGAGUGCGCCUGAAGAGGGGGUCACCGAAGUAUACAGCAGGGACACAGCAGAGGCGGGUACUGCGUUUCAUGUCGGUGGGAAGGUCGCUUGGCUGUGUGAUGUUAUUGUGUGUGUCUGUCGUGUCUGUGUCAUGUCGUGUCGAGUGAAGUGAAAUGCCGAACGUGCCAUGUCAACUGUCCUUACGCGCGCACUAAGAUGCGCAAAGCGGACACGGUUGGGCACGCUUUGGUGUUUGCAGAUCGGGCUUAUGCAGCCAUGUGGCGCAUGUCUCGUUUGACGGAACUGUGACGGAAGGUUCCAUGUGAGUAACCGCAGGUGGAGUGGGUUUGUGGAUUGUAGUACGGUAGUACGAGCACGGCAGUGGCAGGGGUUGGGUACGCUGCCCAAUGUAGGCAGAGCUGCAUCCGCCGUAUGCAAGCUUGGGGACGUCAUACGAGGGGCCUGCCCUCGAUGUUUUUCUGCGUCACUCCUCAGUUCCGAAGGACAUCUAUUAGCGGAGCAGGGUGGGCCGGUAAUGGAGUUUGGCCUCGGCCCCCCCCCCGUUAUAGCAAUGGUAUCACAAAGCACUAUAACUGCAGAGUGGGCGUCUGGGCUCGCGGCUCGGUCUCUCACGCAAAGUAGGCUGUAAC